AGUACUGUGUUGCCUUAUUGCAUGUGAUUUUUAUUACGUUGUGUUGAAGGAUACAGUAUAAUCGUAAAUUUAGGACCAAAUUAAAUUGUUGGCAGUGAAUUUCAGAGUAUGACAAGUACUCUGAAUAUGAUAGCAAUAGUGUUUGAUGAGUAUCCUGUUGUCAUUACGAAAAAACUUCAAAAUAAUGACACGAGUUCACUGUGACAUAUUAACUAAGGAUAUUAUUAAACUCAAGGAAGACGACGGACACAAUAGUUAUGAACGUUGCACGGUGAAGACGAUUACACCCGCUUGAGAAUUACGAAGUACAAAAUGAUGGAAGAUUUACAAGGAGCUGACAUAUGCCGUGUCUGCCGAUCGGAGGGUUCCCCAGAAAGGCCCUUGUUUCACCCGUGCAUUUGUACUGGAAGCAUAAAAUGGAUACACCAAGAGUGCCUAGUUCAGUGGAUGCGUUAUAGCCGAAAAGAAUACUGUGAAUUAUGCGGUCAUCGAUUUUCAUUCACACCUAUUUAUUCUCCCGACAUGCCCAGGCGUUUACCUUUACGGGAUGUAGCCGGCGGUUUGCUUACAAGCAUAGCUACAGCUGUCAAAUAUUGGUUACAUUAUACGUUGGUAGCUGUUGCGUGGUUAGGUGUUGUGCCUCUUACAGCGUGCCGUAUCUACAGAUGUCUUUUCACCGGCUCUGUCGACUCGAUCCUGACUUUACCCCUUGACAUGCUCUCCACGGAAAAUAUUGCAUCUGAUGUUUUCCAUGGUUGUUUUGUUGUGACCUGUACAUUAUUUGCAUUCAUUGGGCUUGUGUGGCUAAGAGAACAAAUACUUCAUGGUGGCGGCCCAGAUUGGCUGGAGAGGGACAACCACCCUCAACCUUUGGCAGAUGCACCAGCCCCACCAGCUAAUCCUCCACACCAUCCUGACAACAAUAAUGUUCUACAUGGUGGUGGUCCAGAUUGGCUGGAGAGAGACAACAAUCCCCCAGCUGUGGCAGAUGCAGCAGCUGCACCUGCUAAUCCCCCACAGCCCCCUGACAACAAUGAUGUCCUUGAACAGGAAGCACUUCCCAUGGUAAUAGGAGCAUUUCUUGGUGGUGGUGGAGGUGGUGGGGGUGGGGGUGUACCUCCACCACCAGUAGCUGGUGCAGAACUUGGAGCUUUCCUUGGUGGUGGUGUCCCUCCACCACCAGUGGCUGGUGCAGAACUUGAAGCUCCAGCAGAUGUUUUAGAAAAUGGGGGCGCUGAAGGGGACGAGCAGGGUGCUAAUCAGGGAGCUGAUGAAGGCAACUGGAAUCCUAUUGAAUGGGAUCGUGCAGCAGAAGAGCUCACAUGGGAGAAGCUUUUGGGCUUUGACGGGUCACUUGCAUUUCUGGAACACGUUUUCUGGGUUGUCUCUCUCAACACUCUCUUCAUACUGGUAUUUGCAUUUUGCCCAUAUCACAUAGGACAUUUUGCAGUUAUGGGAUUUGGUCUACAGCAACAUGCUACUGCAUCACGUUUUGAAGGACUUGUAACAACACUAUGUGGGUAUGUCAUGAUAGGCCUGGGACUUGUUGUGCUGCGCACUAUAGCAUCUCUUCUGGGAUUGAGGCGUUCAAAGAGAAUUCUUGGUCUUUGUUAUGUUGUUGUUAAGGUCUCAUUGUUGUCCGUUGUAGAGAUUGGGGUUCUCCCUCUAAUAUGUGGAUGGUGGCUCGAUAUUUGUUCGUUAUCAAUGUUUGACGCCACUUUGCGAGACAGAGAAACCAGCUUCCAAAUGGCACCUGGGACAUCCAUGUUUAUACAUUGGCUUGUAGGAAUGGUGUAUGUGUAUUACUUCGCCUCCUUUAUUCUUUUGCUGAGGGAGGUUCUGCGACCCGGAGUGUUAUGGUUUUUAAGAAAUCUGAAUGAUCCAGAUUUCAGCCCAAUACAGGAGAUGAUCCAUCUACCAAUAUUAAGGCAUGUGCGUAGGCUGCUUGCAUCAGCAGUUAUUUUUGGAACAGCUGUAUUGUUAAUGCUGUGGUUACCAGUAAGAAUACUAAGAGCUGUAUGGCCAAGCUUCCUGCCAUACACUGUUGCUCUGCAGACGGAGACUCAAGUGAAUGAACUGUCGCUGGAGCUGUUGCUACUCCAGGUAGCAGUUUGUCUCCAGACAGUGAUACUACCAGCUCUGCUAGAACAGUCACAGACACGAACAUGGCUGAAAGCUCUUGUACGAGCUUGGUGUUGUGCAGUAGCAUGGCUGCUUGAUCUGCGACCUUAUCUACUGGGUGAUGAACGUGACCGUACACCUGCUGGAGGACAACAGCAGCAGCAGCCGCAGCCUGCAGGAGAGCAGGUACCUCUGCCUGCUGCCCUCGCAGGUGGUGGGCUGGGAGCUGCACAUCAAGCACUCCUUCAGAGGGAUGCACCAUCCGGCUUCCAACCAUACGAGCGUCCGCGCUGGUUUGCGGCACGACUUGUUGGUCUGCUUGCUUGUGUGUGUGUUACAUUAGUCGCAGCCAGUUUGGUUGCCUUGACAGUACCAGUUUGGUUGGGACGUGAAGUUACAGCAAUGUGCCUCCCACAACAGCCACCAGGAGUCAGUGCAUCACCAAUAACAGCAACGCGUCCUGGUACAAAUGGUACAGCGAGAGUGCACGAACUGUACACUGCAGCUGCAGGCACAUACUUGUGCUGGCUAGUUGCACGUGCUAUCGCACUGGCACUCAGUUGGCUGCCACAAGGUCGGGCAGCAAUCCUAAGUUGUUUACGACAAUGGUGUAUCUAUGGUGCCCGUGCUGUGGCAGCCUGCUCUAUCCUACUUGGUUUAGUCCCACUGUUGUUUGGCCUUCUGCUGGAGCUGGUUGUAGUGGUUCCUCUAAGAGUACCACUGGAUCAGACACCAGUCCUUUUUGUGUGGCAGGACUGGGCACUAGGUGUUCUGUAUACAAAAAUUGCAUGUGCAAUUAUAAUGAUGGGUCCAGAGUGGCACGUGCGUCGUGCUAUUGAGCGCACAUAUAGGGAUGGUAUACGUGAUAUGAACUUGGGAUUUGUUAUGCGCGAGUUGGCAGCACCUAUUAUCUCUUGUUUAGGGCUGGCAUUAGCAGUGCCCUAUGUUGUAGCUCAUGGUCUAGUGCCAUUAUUUGUAGCCAAUCCACAGCUGCGCAAUCUGAUUGCAAGGCGACUAUAUCCAUUCCUGCUGCUCGUUUCACUCACAGCAGGAAUUAUAGUUUUCCAGAUUCGACAGUUUCGGAAACUAUAUGAACAUAUUAAGAAUGAUAAAUACCUUGUUGGACGAAGGUUAGUGAACUAUGAUCAUCGUCGUCACAAAUCACCCUCCAUUCGGCAUUAGAAGCUAUAGCUGUUGAUAAUACUAUUGCCUUAAAUUUGAUAGCUUCCUCCAUCAUCUGCGUGGAGAUAACUGAAACCUGAAGAAAUUUUCUUAAUGAUUGUAGAAUUAAUAUAUUGAGUGUACAUGUUUUGAAUAAAUGCUUACGUGUAUAGUG